AUGGCUAACCAAACUCCCGCCGUUGUCAUGGACAACGGUACCGGCUUCUCGAAGCUAGGUUUUGCCGGAAAUGACUCCCCGUCAUUCGUCUUCCCGACCGCGAUAGCUACGAAAGGCCCAGCCGCCGGGGCUGGAGGAUCGGGUUCAGGACGACCAGCCGUCGCAAACAAGCCUUCUUUCCUCACCGGUGGAGCUGGGCCUGGCGGUCACUUGAGUGCGAAACGGGGGACUGAGGACCUGGACUUCUUUAUCGGUGACGAGGCCAUUAGCGCUGCUGCUGGACCAGGCUAUGGCCUCCAUUAUCCAAUUCGACAUGGUCAAAUAGAGAACUGGGAUCACAUGGAACGGUUCUGGUCAAACUCCAUCUUCAAAUAUCUCCGCGUAGAGCCCGAAGACCACUACUUCCUCCUCACUGAGCCUCCAUUGAACCCCCCCGAGAACCGCGAGAACACUGCCGAAAUCUUCUUCGAGUCGUUCAACUGCGCAGGAAUGUACAUUGCUGUUCAGGCUGUCCUGGCUCUGGCUGCUUCUUGGACAUCUUCAAAGGUGACCGACCGAUCAUUGACGGGAACUGUUAUCGAUUCAGGUGAUGGUGUCACCCACGUUAUCCCAGUCGCCGAGGGCUACGUUAUUGGCUCCUCCAUCAAGUCCAUCCCAAUCGCUGGUCGAGAUAUCACCUACUUUGUCCAGUCGCUUCUGCGAGACCGAGGCGAGCCCGAUUCCUCCCUCAAGACUGCACAGGAGAUCAAGGAGGAGCACUGCUAUGUGUGCCCCGAUAUUGUCAAGGAGUUUGGACGGUACGACCGUGACAGGACCCGCUUUGCGAAGCACGUUGUUACCCAGCCUGGCGGCCGGCAGGUGACGGUUGAUGUUGGAUACGAGCGUUUCUUGGCCCCUGAAAUCUUCUUCAACCCCGAGAUCUAUAGCUCCGAUUUCCUGACUCCCCUUCCCAAUGUUGUCGAUGGUGUGAUUCAGCAGUCACCUAUUGAUGUCCGACGUGGUCUCUACAAGAACAUUGUCCUCUCUGGUGGAAGCACCCUUUACAAAGAUUUUGGCCGCCGAUUACAACGAGACAUCAAGCACCUCGUCGACAACAGAAUUCGUGCGAGUGAGCAGCGCAGCGGUGGAGCUCGCAGCGGUGGCCUAGAGGUUCAAGUUAUCACACACAAGAGACAGAGACAUGGUCCUUGGUUCGGCGGCAGUCUCCUCGGCCAGACCCCAGAAUUCCGAUCAUACUGCCACACCAAGGCUGAGUACCAAGAGUAUGGUCCCAGCAUUGUGCGGAGGUUUGCUCUUCUUGGCGGACCUGGUGGUUCUUAA